CGUUAUUUUCGUCCACUACAGAGGCCGUGUCCAAGCGACUCGGGGCAGGAUGAUUGAUGGCGAUGCGAGGUGGGCGGACAGAUAUGCCAGUCAAUGGUCCCAUGCGAUCGGGAGGAGGGAGUGAGGUGAACGAAGGAGGUGGAGGAGAAUGCGUGCGAAAAGCGGCGGCCGACGGUGGAGGCAUAGAUCUAAAAGAGAGCGGUGGAGAGCGAGGCGGGAGGCUUGGAGGGCGGGGGGCAGGAAUUUCUGAGGCUAAGGAUACACGAGAAGCUCUGCGUGGCGUGGGUGGAAGGGCUGUGGGGGAAGGUGGAGACGCUGCUCCACGCAUACUGUCAUGGGUUACAAAGUUUGGAACAAGGUCGGGAGUGUGAGAUGAAGACGCGGCGAGAGCCCGAAAUGGAUUGGCAGGUCUUGGAGAAGGGUGUGGUCCAAUGGUAGAGAACUGGUUCUGCAACGGAACUGCAGGCACUGGGAAAUCAGGCGAUGCUGGCGAGGGCUGUCCCGCAUACGACCGACGUGCCAAGGAAGCCGCAGCAUGCGGAGGUGAAGCCGAAGAGUUUGUCAACUGUUCGACGUAUGACCGGCGAGUAAGAACCACUCCAGCACGAGGAGGUAACGCAGGAGGCGAUGAUGUUCGCUGAGGAGAAGUCACACUACUUGAUCGACGAAGCGUUUCGGGGCGGCUCUGGGAGUGCCUCGCCGCGGAUCCUGGUUGGGCCUGGGGCUGAGAUGGCCAUGUGUAGACAGUCUCAGGCCGCCGGUGCAUAUCAUUCCCAAGUUGCGCAGGACCUUGGGGCCAAACCGGCUGCUCCUGAGAACGAGCCCUACGGCGUCGUCUACAGCAGCAGAUGCAAAGGAGAAGGAAAGUCAGGCAAACAACGACAAUAGCAACAACCACUCCUAUGAUCACAUUUCGUGAUGUGAUGCACCUCACGUUGAAGCCCGUGCAGCUGUCAUCGUUACCCCAGUCUGCCAUGUUGCCCGUUGCAAAGGUGAGGAGGCUGAGAGGUAUCAAGAGCAGCGAAAACGGUAGGCCGGGUGCACCUUAAAUACCGCAAAGCAUAAGAUCGUGGUAUACUGAACUGCAGGGAGGCGGUGUCCUGGCCUUCCUGCGCAGCGAAAGAGGCACAUGGCUUCAACGUCAGGUGUCAUGUGCCCCACACAAACCAAAAUGUUGUUCCC